AUGAAAUCACCUAAACCUCCGAAUCUCUCUGAUAAAUCUCUUAAACCCAAUUUCUUCUACGGCCACCGUAAGCCGUCGCGCAAUCGUCCCGUCGUCUACGGUGGUCUCUUCUCCAAUCGCCAAUCUCUCUCACAGGAUUCACCCAAACCACAAUCCAACUCCGUCGCCGACCGAACGACUUUCGAUCUCCGCAAAUGGGACCCAGAAACCCGUCUCCCUUCAGAAAGAGCUCCUCCUUGGUCUCCUCCUUCCACGGUGAUCUCCGCCGCCUCCGAACGCCUCUCCCCGAUCGCGAGGUUCGUCCUCGACGCUCUUCGGAAGAAUCAGAACCAUUGGGGUCCCUCAGUGGUCUCUGAGCUCAACAAACUCCGCCGCGUCACGCCGAGCAGAGGUUCUGAAAACAGGGAAAGACGCUGCAGUCGCGGCGAAGUUCUUCCACUGGGCCGGAUAAUGGAUGCUCUGAUGAAAAAUGGCUACUUUGAUUUAGCAUUAGCCGUUUAUGAGGAUUUCAAAGAAGAUGGGUUGGUGGAGGAGAGUACUACUUUCAUGAUCUUGGUUAAAGGGUUAUGUAAAGCUGGUCGUAUAGAGGAAAUGCUUGAGAUUCUGCAGAGAAUGAGAGAUAAUUUGUGUAAGCCUCAUGUUUUUGCAUACACAGCAAUGAUCAAGACUCUUGUUUCUGAAGGGAAUUUGGAUGCAAGUUUAAGAGUUUGGGAUGAGAUUAAACCUGAUGUGAUGGCGUAUGGGACACUUGUUAUGGGUCUGUGUAGAGACGGUAGAGUUGAGAGAGGUCAUGAGCUGUUUGUGGAGAUGAAGGAGAAGCAGAUUUUGAUUGAUAGAGAUAUCUACAGGGUUUUGAUUGAAGGGUUUGUAAGGGAUGGGAAGGUUGAUAAAGCGUUUAAGCUCUUCCAGAUUGCAGUGGAGGAAGAGCUUGAGCCAGAUUUUGAGACUUUAAGUCCCAUUAUGGUUGGAUAUGUGGUGAUGAUGAGGCUGAGUGAUUUCUUGAGUUUGGUAGAGCGAAUUGGGAAUUUAGGAUAUCCUGUUGGAGAUUACGUUACUGAGAUUGAUGAAAAGAAGAGAGCUAUGGCUUUAGAUGUUUUUGAUGUGUUAAAGAGUAACGGUCAUGCAAGUGUCUCUGUGUACAACCUUCUCAUGGAAGCUCUUUACAAGAUUGGAGAUGUUCAAAAGUCUUUGUCACUUUUCAGUGAGAUGAAGGGUUUUGGGUUUGAGCCAGAUUCGUCAUCGUACAGUAUUGCGAUCUGCUGUUUUGUUGAGAAAGGAGAAGUGGAAGAGGCUUGCUCAUGCCAUGAGAAAAUCACUGACAUGUCUUGUGUACCUUCCAUAGCUGCUUAUCUGUCUCUUAAUAAAGGACUCAGCCAAAUCGGAGAAAUUGAUGCGGUGAUGAUAAUAGUUCGUGAAUGUCUAGGAAACGUUGAGAGUGGCCCGAUGGAGUUUAAGUACGCUCUUCGUGUUUGUCAUGUAUGCAAAGGGAGUAGUAACGCAGAGAAGGUUAUAGAAGUAGUAGAUGAGAUGAAGCAACAAGUUGUUUCUAUCAAUGAAGUUACAUACUCUGCGAUUAUCUUUGGUAUGUGUAAACAUGGAACGAUAAAAGCAGCAAGAGAAGUAUUUGCAGAGCUGAAGAAGCGCAAAGUUAUGACGGAAGCUGAAACGGUAGUGUAUGAUGAGAUGUUAGUUGAGGAGACAAAGAAGAAGACAGCUGAUUUGGUGGUUUCAGGGAUCAAGUUUUUCGGUCUUGAGUCGAAACUAAGAGAAAGAGGUUGCAAACUACUCUGA